UUGAUUUAACGUCGGCCCGGUGACCAUUCGCUCAGGCUGCGCUCGGAUCCAUGGGCAAGUUCCGCUUCGCGUUGCUGCUCCUCUCUUUGAUUACAACUGCGGGCUUGGUGGUACAGAGCUGCGAAUCCAGAUUCCUGGAAAAUGAUCACGGGGGGCUUGCUUUUAAAGAGCUGGAAGAUGUGAUCUUUUCAAAUGACGAGACGAGCUCUUUGCCAUCACAGAGAUUCGAAGAGCAGGAGAAUCUGUCUAGUAUUCCGUUCGAGAGCGGAUGUGAGCCAUUCGACGCAAGCCCAAUCUGCAGGCGUCGAGGCCUUUCAGAACAGGAUGACGAUUACACGCUGCCUGCCGCAAAUGUUCGUGACGAGCCCGCACUGAGCCCAACAUAGGAUGAAAUAGAAGAGAGAGAUUGGGAGUGAGAGUAAAACAAAAGAGAGAACAGUAGUUUUUUCUUCUGGUUCGAAUCCGAUUGGCAUCUUUUUUCUUAGCAUAAUUUU